UCCCAUCUCUGCCUCCGACAUUCUACCCCUCUCCUGGUUUCGCCCAAACUUCCAUCUCUGCCGAAAACCCUCGCUUAUCUCACUCCCCCGCUGGUUUAAUCCAAAACCAUCGCCUUCGUUAACGAACCUUCGUGAUUCAGCCGCCAGUAGAGCUAGCUGCUAAAACAACGACGGCAUCGCGGCUUAUAUAAACCACCGAAACUCCCAUGUUUCUCAUCCUUCUUCUCCGCUCCUACUAGAAACAAUUGAAGAAGGAUUAAGCUUAAAUCCUGCUUAAAAGUGGCUACCAAACAGCCCCUAAUUCUCAUUUGGGGAUUGCGGAGAAGAAGUUAACUUCUGAAACCUUAAUCAGAGUAGGAGCAGCAAAGUAAAAAGGAGGCAGGAUGAGGAUUAUGAUAAAAGGGGGGGUAUGGAAGAACACGGAGGAUGAAAUUCUUAAGGCUGCGGUUAUGAAAUAUGGGAAGAACCAGUGGGCUCGGAUUUCUUCGCUUCUUGUUCGCAAGUCGGCCAAGCAAUGUAAAGCCAGGUGGUACGAGUGGCUUGACCCCUCCAUUAAGAAGACAGAAUGGACCAGGGAGGAAGAUGAGAAGUUGCUCCAUCUUGCUAAACUGAUGCCUACUCAAUGGAGAACAAUUGCUCCAAUUGUGGGACGAACUCCAUCUCAAUGCCUUGAGCGCUAUGAGAAGCUACUGGAUGCAGCCUGUGCCAAGGAUGAGAAUUAUGAACCUAAUGAUGAUCCACGUAAGUUGCGGCCUGGAGAGAUUGACCCAAACCCAGAAUCUAAGCCCGCACGCCCAGAUCCUGUGGAUAUGGAUGAAGAUGAAAAGGAAAUGCUUUCAGAAGCACGGGCUAGGUUGGCUAACACUAGGGGUAAAAAGGCUAAGAGGAAGGCAAGGGAAAAACAGCUUGAGGAAGCAAGGAGGCUUGCCUCAUUGCAGAAAAGGAGAGAGUUGAAGGCAGCUGGAAUUGACAACAGGCACAGGAGGAGGAAAAGGAAGGGGAUAGAUUAUAAUGCUGAAAUACCAUUUGAGAAGCGACCUCCUCCAGGUUUCUUUGAUAUUGCUGGCGAGGAAAAACCUGUGGAACAAAUUAAGUUUCCUACAACUAUUGAGGAGCUGGAAGGGAAAAGAAGAGUUGAUAUAGAAGCCCAAUUAAGGAAGCAAGAUGCUGCAAGGAACAAAAUUCAACAAAGGUUAGAUGCUCCUGCAGCAAUACAACAAGCUAAUAAACUUAAUGAUCCUGAAGCAGUAAGGAAAAGGUCGAAACUGAUGCUCCCAGCUCCACAGAUUUCAGACCAGGAAUUAGAGGAGAUAGCAAAAAUGGGUUAUGCUAAUGAUCUUACUCUAGGAAGUGAGGAGCUUGCUGAAGGAAGUGGUGCAACACGUGCCCUUGUUGCUGAUUAUUCUCAGACCCCGAGAAGGGGAACGGCGCCCCUUAGAACUCCUCAAAGAACCCCAGCAGGGAAGGCAGACGCUAUUAUGAUGGAGGCAGAGAAUCUUGCACGACUGAGGGAGUCUCAAACACCUCUUCUUGGAGGGGAAAACCCUGAGCUGCACCCUUCAGACUUUUCAGGUGUCACCCCAAGAAAAAAGGAGAUGCAAACUCCUAAUCCAUUAGCAACACCAUUGGCUAGCCCUGGACCUAUGGGUCUUACUCCAAGAGUUGGCAUGACUCCAUUAAGAGAUGGAGUUGGUGGAACACCAAAGUUCACUCCUUUUAGGGAUGAUCUACGCAUCAAUGAAGAUAUUGAAAUGCAGGAUAGCGCAAAGCUUGAAUUACGCAGGCAGGAAGAGAUGAGAAGAAACUUGAGAUCUGGUUUGACGAAUCUUCCACUGCCAAAAAAUGAGUAUCAAAUAGUUAUGCAACCAAUUCCAGAGGAAAAUGAAGAAAUUGAAGUUAAAAUUGAAGAAGACAUGUCUGACAAAAUUGCUAGAGAGAAGGCAAGGGAACAAGCAAGAUUAGAGGCAUUAAUGAAAAAGAGGUCAAAAGUGCUUCAGAGAGAGCUUCCAAGACCACCUGUAGCUUCAUUAGAACUUAUAAAAAAUUUAUUGGUUAAGGGUGAUGAAGAUAAAAGCACAUUUGUUCCUCCAACCCCAUUUGAGCAGGCGGAUGAAAUGAUAAAUAAGGAACUUCUUUUAUUACUAGAGCAUGAUAAUGCUAAAUAUCCUUUAAAUGAAAAGGCUGAUAAGGACAAAGUCAAAGGUGCCAAGCAUAUAGUGAAUGGUAAAUCUUCAAAUUCAGUGCCUGAAAUUGAAGAUUUUGAUGAGGAUGAAUUGAGUGAGGCUGGUUCUUUGAUUAAGGAAGAGAUGAAGUUUCUUAGGGUGGCUAUGGGGCAUGAAAACGAGUCAUUUGAUGAUUUUGUUAAAGCACGUGAUGCAUGCCAGGAAGACUUAAUGUUCUUUCCUGCACGUAAUGCUUAUGGCUUGGCUAGCGUUGCUGGUAGCAAUGAGAAGCUUGUAGUUCUACAGAAUGAAUUCGAGAUUCUCAAGAAGAAGAUGGAUGACGAGGCAAAGAAAGCAACCCGCCUCGAACAGAAGAUUAAAGUUCUGACGCAUGGAUAUCAGAUGAGGGGUGGAAAAUUGUGGUCACAAAUAGAAGCCACAUUCAAGCAAAUGGGAACAGCUGCUACGGAGCUGGAAUGUUUCCAAGCCUUGCAGAAGCAGGAACGAGAUGCUGGUUCCUACAGGAUUGAUAAUUUGAUCGAGGAAGUCAAUAAGCAGAAAGAGCUUGAACGCAUUUUACAGGAUCGCUACGGAGAUCUCAUUGUCGAGGAAGAGAAAAUUCAGAGGAUGCUCCAAGUGCACAAAACACUUUUGCAAGCAGAAGCAGAAAUGGCUGCUAGAAAGCGUGCUGUGGAGGAGGAAUUGGCUGCGAGAAAGCUUGCUGAGGAAAUUGCUGCUAGAAAUCAUGCCGCUGAGGAAAUGGCUGCAAGAAUACGUGCCGAGGAAAUUGUUGCCGCUGAGGAGAUGGCUGUAAGAAAGCUUGGUGAGGAAAUGGCUGCACAAAAAGCCGCUGAGGAACUGGCUGCACGAAAAGCUGUCGAGGAAGAAAUUUCUCUAAGUAACCGUGUGGCUGAGGAAAUUGCUGCUAUAGAACUCAUGUCCCAGGUGGAAGAUAUUGUUCGAAGCCAUGCAGUUGUAGAUGAAGCCAAUGCAAAUAAGAAUGCAUUCGAUGCAAUGAACCAGACCCGUGUAGAAGUAACCCUGCAAUCCGAGCAUGCUGCAGUAUAUGAAACUCGAGUGGACUGUGAAGAACCAGUAGUAAUUCCUACUUUGAAUGAAAAUUAUGUACGGAAUGGUGAGCUUCAGGACUCCAUGGCAGCUGAGGAUGCAGCAGAACAUCCCACUUUUUUUGAAAAAUCAGCAGAAGAUAUUCAGUUGCAGAACAUCACGGCAAUGGUAGACAUUGAUGUGCCGGCCUCUGGUCUCCACCAAGCUGAUACUCAAAAUCUUGUUGAAAAUCCGUCUUCAAUGGAUAAUACAGAUGCUCUAGUUGAGGCAGCUGCCGAUACAGGUGAGAUAUCAAUGAGUAUGAAUGAUGAGCAGUAAAAAUUGAUUGGUGCUGAAAUGAGCUGUGAUUGGUUUAACUCUUGUUUGCCAUUGAGGAACAGAGUUCAUGAAUUGAAUUUAAGCUUUUGGCCCAAGCAGUGGUGACCUUUUUAAGUAAAAGUCGUAUAUUAAGCCUGGCUUGAUAUAUCUUGAUAUUUAUUCUGUCUUUAUUUUAUGAUAUUAAAGACGACAUAAACAUAUAUUUUUCAAUAUAUGUUGUCCCUUUUGAAAGGGGUGGAAGGCUGUA